AUGGGAAAUAAUAAAAACAGACGUAAGAACUCCAAUUCUGGUGGUGGUGCUAAUGAUUCUAGUCCCAGACAUAACAAUAAGAAAGGAGGAGAAAGAGAUAAGGGAAGAAAUCACAAGAGCGAAAAUGAAGGAACUCACAAUAAAGGUAGAGUCCCCCAAGAAUUCUUGGAAUGUCGUAUCUGCGAGGGCAAAUACCAUUGGGAAUCCGAUUGUCGCAAGAAUCCCGCGGGAGAGGGGAAGAGAGGAAGGGAUUCGCCAGAGUGUAGAGAGUGUGGGGGAAAUCAUUGGGAAGAUCAGUGUCGAACUUGGAAAUCGAAAAAUGGUGGGAGUGGGAAUGGGAAUGGGAAGAAUGAUAAAGGGAAUGGAAAUGGACAAGGAGACUCAAGUUCCAGCUCCGAUUCCGAUUCGGGAGAAUGUCUCGCGCCAACCGGUGAAGAUAUCACCCCCUUCUUCCCCAAUGGUAAAUAUCCCAACCGGCCUUGCAGAAAAUGUAAAGAGUCGGGUCAUUGGAAUAAUGCCUGUGAGAAAGAGGGGUUUCAUCCCAUCACGAACCCAAACCCGGGUGCGCCGCGCGCACGAAAAGUCGCUUUCCCAGAUGGUCAGAGUAGUGGACAAAUCGACUCGGCAUAUGUUCAAUAUCGUGCUCCGCAAGAAACACAAGGCAGGAUGUGUAGUAGCACCGCAAGCCCCGUUUUGAGGACGGAUAUGGAGUUUGAGUAUGAGUAUGAGGAUGAGUAUGCCGAUCCUCGGUAUUCUAAUUAUCAGACUCCGAAUCCAAAUCCAAAUCAAAACCAGAACCCAAACUCCAUCCGCGAAACCGAUACCCCCGACUACCUUCCCCACUCUUCUCACCCCCAACCCUAUCUCACCCACCCUGCAACCCCCAACCCCGACCACCCCGACCACCCCGAUUCCAGCAUCUACCAAGCGCGCUACCGCUCAUCCACCUGCACACUCUGCCACGGCAGCGCGCACAAAUCCGGGGACUGCGUUACCUAUCGAUGGCUCCUGCCUCGCACGCACAGCGAAUGGCGCGCCCAUUCGAAUCUGCAUCAUCCAUCCAACACGAUGUAUCCGCGACCCCACGGCUACUGGAAAGGGGAUCCGAUGAAAAUCCCGAGUGCGAAUACGUAUAUCUGGCCGCAUCCGGAGAAUGUGUUGCAAGGAAGGUAUUGGGGGGAGAAUGGGUGGGAGGAGGGGGGGAGAGGGAGAGAGGUGUGGAUUGGUGAGGAUGAUGGGGAGGGGUGGGGGAGGUGGGGCAUGGCGCCGGGUGGGAUGGGAGGGGAGGAGAGUGGCGGAAUGUGUAGGUUUGAUGCGCAGGGGGAUGUGGGGAUGGUGGAUAUUUUGGAUUGGGAGGUUAGGAGGGGGAGGGUUAGGAGGGGGAGGGAGGAGAGGGAGAGGAGGGAGAGGGAGAGGAGGGGUUGGAAUGGUGGGUUUGGGGGUUGA